CGCCCUCCCCCCGGCGCGAGGGCGUCACGUGACCCGGCGGCGGCGGCGCCCGGCGCGGUGGACGCUGGAGGCCCAAGAUGGCGGCGGAGCUGGUGGAGGCGAAGAACAUGGUGAUGAGUUUCCGAGUCUCAGAUCUUCAGAUGUUGCUGGGUUUUGUUGGCAGGAGUAAAAGCGGACUAAAACACGAACUAGUGACCCGAGCUUUGCAGCUGGUCCAGUUUGACUGCAGCCCCGAGGUGUUCAAGAAGAUCAAGGAGCUCUACGAGACUCGCUACAACAAGAAGGGCUCGGAGGUGGCGCCGCCGCCGGCGCCGCCCCGUGCCGAGGCGCUGGCCCUGCACUCCUCCUACGACCGCGGCAGCGCCGUGCCCCGGACCCUGCCGGCCGCCAGCAUCGACUACCCUGCCCUCUACGGCAAAUACCUGAACGGACUGGGCAGGUUGCCCCCCAAAGUGGCCAAGCCCGAGGUUCGCUUGGUCAAGUUGCCCUUUUAUACCACGCUGGACGAGCUGUUGAAGCCCACAGAGUUAGUUCCACAGAAUAAUGAGAAGCUUCAGGAAAGUCCGUGCAUUUUUGCAUUAACACCAAGACAAGUGGAGCUGAUCAGAAAUUCCAGGGAGUUGCAACCCGGCGUGAAAUCGGUUCAGGUGGUGCUCAGAAUCUGCUACACAGACACCAGUUCCCCCCAGGAGGAUCAGUACCCUCCCAACAUCGCCGUCAAGGUGAACCACAGCUACUGCUCCGUGCCGGGCUACUACCCCUCAAACAAACCCGGGGUGGAACCCAAGAGGCCCUGCAGGCCCAUCAACCUCACCCACCUCAUGUACCUGUCGGCGGCCACCAACCGCAUCACGGUCACCUGGGGCAACUACGGCAAGAGCUACUCGGUGGGGCUGUACCUGGUGCGGCAGAUGACCUCAGCAGAGCUGCUGCAGAGGUUGAAAACCAUCGGCAUCAAACACCCGGAGCUCUGCAAAGCACUGGUGAAAGAGAAGCUCCGCCUGGACCCUGACAGUGAAAUCGCCACCACCGGGGUCCGAGUGUCCCUCAUCUGUCCGCUGGUGAAGAUGCGCCUGUCGGUGCCGUGCCGGGCCGAGACCUGUGCACACCUGCAGUGCUUUGAUGCCGUCUUCUACCUACAGAUGAAUGAGAAAAAGCCCACAUGGAUGUGCCCUGUGUGUGACAAACCUGCCCCCUACGACCAGCUCAUCAUUGAUGGGCUCCUGUCCAAGAUCCUGACAGAAUGUGAAGAUGCAGAUGAGAUCGAGUACCUGGUGGAUGGCUCCUGGUGCCCCAUCCGAGCCGAGAAGGAGCGGAGCUGCAGCCCUCAGUGCCCAAUCCUGGUUCUAGGUUCCUCGGAGGUGAACGGGCUCCUGGCCACCGCCAACGGCACCGGCGAGAACGGCAAAGCCCCGGCGGACGUGGUGGAUUUAACACUGGACAGCUCCUCCUCGGAGGAGGACGAGGAGGAGGAUGAGGAGGAGGAUGAUGAUGAUGAGGGACCCCAGCCCAAACGACGCUGCUCUUAUGAGAAAGGUUUAGUCUCUGCCUGCUGACUGCAGCCACGGCUCGGAAUUCCCAACGGACAGACUUGAAUACUCUGGUGCUUAUUAAACUGGAGGAGGGGGAGAACGUCCUCUCCCACCUCAUCUCCCUCCCUCCCUCAUCUCCUGUGACUUUCCUAUUCCAAAUUACUCAUUAAAACGAGAGAAAAAAGAAAAAAAAAAACAAAAAACGACACAAACAAAAAACAAAAACCAUUGAGCUGCUUCUUGGUUGGAAAACGACCCCACUCAGAGCCUGACCCUGAACUGGAGCCUGAAGUAAAGAAAGUGUCUUAAGCCAGGCAGGAUCCUCCCUCACCUGGAUCCCGGGAUCGGGGGAGCUCCCCUGCACACCUCCAGGACACCCACCCCUGCAUCUCCAAAGCCGUGUGCAGUUUGAUCCUCUUGUUAAUUAACCAUUCCUUAAUUAAUCUAAAGGUUUUGCUGGACGUGCCAAGCAACUGUUUGGAAACACCAUGCUUGUUUUAGUGCUUUCUGUUGGAGUUGGCCAGCUCUUCCUGUACAUAUGUUGGUUUUAUUUUUUUUCUUAUAUCCUGGUUUUUUUUCUUCUUUGUUUUGUAAAGAGAAGAGAAAAAAAAAACAAAACAAAAAAAAAAAGAAAAUUAUUUUUCUUUCCCUCAGUACACAUUCUUCAAAUUAUAGUGUUUGUUAAAUAAAAUGAAAGAUUUACAUUUAA